UUUUUCUUUUUAGUAUAGUUUCCAAACUCUGUGUUUACAGUUGUUUGUUUACUGAUUGUUUUUUCCUUUUUUUUUUCGUAGAUAGUUAGUGCAUUUUUUUUUUUUUUUUUAAUAAUAAUUGCUUUAAAUUAGUUGGUAGAUUUUUUCACAAAAUAAAAAUUAUAAAAAAAAAAAAAUGACUUGUGAACAAUUAACAAAUGCGACGGAUGAGGCAGAAAUUGAAGAAUCUCCAUCAUCAACGGCAAAAUUUGAUGUGAUUGACAUGCCUUCGAAAAAGGCAACAGUCUCUAAUUAUGAAGUGUUUAUUCUUAUUAUGUCAAUAGUUACGCAUAUUACUGAUAUUAUAUUUGAUAUAAAUGUUGCUUGCCAUUAUUUUUAUAUCAAAGAAUACAAUUAUUUUGCAAGUACAGUUAUUGUCAUUUUAGUUCCAUCUCUCAUAAACAAUGCCGUUAGCUAUAGAAUGCGUCAACAAGAUAGAGAGAAAAUUUUAGAAAAUACUUCAGAGGAAAAACAAUCAUGGAAUUGUUCGAAAAUAUUUGGAAAUAUUUCGUCAAUAAUAUUUCAAGUUGCUCCAUUGAGACGUUAUUGGACUGCCUUGAAAUAUAGUUUGGCAUCACGAAAAUGUCAAAAAUUAGAAGACACUGCUGGACAGAAGCAAAAUUAUUUAAAAAUGGUGAAAGAAAAUCAAGAUAUUGCAUUGAUAACAAUUUUAGAAUGUUUCUUGGAAACGGCCCCACAACAAGUGUUACAAUGUUCAAUUAUUUUGACAAAUUUUCGAGGCGAAUUUUCAAUUACUUUGGUCCACCAAAUUUUAUGUAUUGCCAGCUCGUUUAUUAGUAUGGGAUGGACAAUGGCAUCGUAUAAUCGCAGUAUUCGUUUAGCUCAAGAUGAUAAAUUAAAUAUUGGAAGUACUGGAACUAUUUUACAAUUUUUGUGGCAUCUAUUGAUAACUGUUUCGCGAAUAAUAACAUUUGCCACAUCAUUGAUGCUCUCAACAGUGGGAAGUGUAAUUUUCAUUGUUGUACAUUGGUUUGCAAUGACAACAUGGAUAAUAAGAGAUUCUCAUGGUACAACGGAAUUUUGCAGAAAUCGUGAGAAGCCACCGCACGCAAAUUUAUCUUUAAUUGAACGUUUUAAUUCGACAUGCUUUUCAUUUUUAUUUGGUUUUAUUUACAAUUUUGCGUACGUAAAUUUUGACGACAAUAGUACGUACAUGAGACAUUUUUUUUAUUAUACUGUAUGUAUUAUUGAAAAUAUGAUAGUUUGUACUAUUUGGAUUUUAACACCAUCAGUUCGAACUAUCUGUUUUUGUUUUAAUAGCAUGUGCUAUCUUUGUGCUCUUCCAGUAUUUUGUCUUCUUCCUUAUGUUUUUGGUGUUGCAAUAAUGAUAACUUAUUAUCUUUUCUUUCAUCCUUCUAAACGACAAAAGGUUUUAAAUGAACCUUAGAUGUUUAUUUUAUAUAGUUAAUCCAACAAUGCUAUUAACCCUUUCUUGCAUAGAUUUUUUUUUUUUUAAGUUUUCUUUUUUUAGUUUAUAAAAUAUAGUAUUGAAUUUAUUAUAUAUAUUGAUCGUAUUAAAUUUAUUUUAUUGAAUAGUAUUAAAUUUAUUGAUAUAUAAUUAAUAUUAUAGCUAUUAUAAUAUUAAAUGUAUUAAUAUAUUUUUAUAAUAAGUGAAUAAGUUAUAUUAUAAAUUAUACGACAAUAUUAUUAUUUUUGAGAAUUGUAAUUUACUCAUUAGAAAAGAAUUAAGUUAUUUUACAUAUAUAUACUUUAUGUAAAUUUACAAUUCUCUAAUUUCCGAUAAAAAAAAAAAAAUAGUGCGUUGACUUUGAGAAUGAAAAUUAGGAAAAUUUCUUAAUGUUAUCUCAUUUUUGGAAAAAGCAGUUUUUUUAAUAAUUCCAAACUUUUUAUAUUUUUUUUGUUGUGAAUUUAUCACAAUUUGUAUUGUUUACAAAUUUUUGAAAACAUUUUAUUUUAUUUUUUUAAGAAAAGUUUAUUAUAAAAAUUUCCCAAUCAAGAAUUGUGUCUCAAAGGGUUUAGAGCGAUUUGUCAACAUUAAUACUCAAUUUAUAAUGUACUUAAUUUUUUUUCCGAAAGUAAACUGUGUCUUUCAAUGCGAUCUGUACAAGAAAAAUCGAAUCUUAAUAUUCGAUAUUAUUUUAAUUUUAAGUGAGGAAAAUAUGACUGAUUUUUUUCAAUAUAUAUUUUGUAAUAGAUUUUUUCUACGACUUUUUUUUUAUUGUAUGUAUAUUUUGUAUCUCCAUGAAAUCGGUGUGAUAAUAAAUAAAUUUGUACUUUUUAUCACAAAA